AUGAGCCCAGACGACGACAGCAUCAUAGCCGAAGCAGGGCUGGAUGCCUCGCUUGCAAGAAAAGACACGUGCGAUGCGACGAGCUCCGGCCCUCAUGCUCUUUCACAGCACGAGGAGAAAUGGUGUCACAUGAACGCACCCGGCCUGACUGUAUGGAGGGUUGGCAUCAAUAAACUCGAUCCAUUCGAGGCAUUGCCGAUACAAAUGCCGUUCAAGUCACAAGAGCUCCUCCAUUACUUCCUCGGGGCCGAGACCUUCCUCGAUAACGCCGCCUCGCAAGCGACGGCAAACCGAACUGUACUUCUCGAGACAGUACAAAUCCAAGAGCGACCAGAGCAUGAUUGUGUCGCUCUUACGAUGGCCGAGCCCACCUACUUUAGAAGUACAUUAAUGCUCGCAGGUUUGCACUACAUGUGGAAAGUGGGAGCUUUUCGGAAAUUUGAAAAAUCUGUCCUCUUCCACAAACAACAGCUAAUUCAGCUUGUCAAUUCCUGGCUCCUCGGGGAUCUAAAGUUGAUCACUAGUAAACAGCUGAAGUUGAUUGCCAUCCUCUCUAUUGCUGAGAGCUGCGUUGGAAACUAUCCCGUGGCCGAGGCUCACCUCUCAGGUCUCUUAUCUCUUAUUGAGAUGCGACAAGAAAACACGUGCCCCGGUAACAUAAGACCAGACUCUCCUGAGCAGGAAGAGGCUCUUGAGCGGCUAAUACUUGUGGCACAUCAUUUUGCCUCUGCCGUAAAAAGUCGCCUCACACAUACUCUAGCCGGCGAUAGCAAUUAUGCCAGCAUUUGGCAGCGUUCCUUCACCGGAAUGUCAGAAAAUCUCGUUGCACUUCGCCAGAUCCCUUUCUACCUGCAGGAGAACCGGCCGCUCAUCACUCACCCUAUCAUGGCCGUCAAAGUCAUUGACGCGUUGAGGGGACUAACCGAAGCAGUUAGAAAGCGACGAGUUAACGACGGUGCACCUCAUGUUGUACAUGACCCCUCAUAUGCCAACGAGACAACUAUCUGUGAUAGCCAAGAUCCAACUACCUGCACCGGUUGCAAGAACUUAAGCUGCUUACUAUUCGCAUUCACGGAAGCUCACGUCUCGUCAACCCUCCCGACUGCAGACGAGGCUUUAGAAGGGACCCUGUUGGCUUCGUGGCGGGCCUUAGCUGCAUCUGUAGCGCUAUACCUGAACAAUGUUCUCCUUCUCUGGAACUCAGGUCAACCAAUUGAUCGACGGUUAUUCUUGAGGAUGCUAGAAACACUCGUCCAAUACGCGCCAGAGCUUAAGGAUGAUUGGAAUACACAAUCCAAGAGGGCAAGUGAGCUUCCAUUCUGGAUGCUUUAUACCGCCUCUUUUGCUCUCGCAACUCAUCCUGGAGAGGGCUCUGAUCAGCAGAUUGAAGAAAUACGCUCGUGGUUUUAUAAGAAAAUAAGGAGAUGGGCUUGCACAUAUCAAGUCCUAGAGUGGAUGGAUGCACGGGCCUCUUUAGCCAACAUCACAUGGCCUCAGGCCAGGCCAGAUUUGCAAGAAGAGAUUGCACGGCAGGUUUGGGAUACUAUAUUGUCUGACUUGAGGAAGCCAAUAUUCUAG